AUGAGCUUGCUUGAAUAUAAAAAGUAUAUAGAAGAAGGGGAUUUGGUAAUUGCUUACUUUUCCCGUGAAAAUAUGAUUCCCAUCAUAGUAAACUCAAAGUCAACGUAUAAUAAUAAAUUUGGAACAUUUAGACACUCAGAUAUGGUUGGAAAAGAAUAUGGUAUUAAGGUUGGUUUUAUGUACCUUUUACAUCCUACACCUGAACUAUGGACACAUGUUGUUCCACAUAGAACACAAAUUUUAUAUCUGGCUGAUAUUUCAUUUAUAACAACGUAUCUUGAUUUAAAGCCUGGAUCAAUAGUGUUAGAAUGUGGAACUGGUAGUGGAUCAUUUUCUCAUUCUUUAGCAAUAACAAUUGCACCUCAUGGACACUUGUAUACUUUUGAGUAUCAUGAAGAACGUGCAAAAGCUGCAAAUCUUUCUGAUGUAAUUACGAUAGAAUGUAAAGACGUUUGUAAAAAUGGGUUUGGACUUAAAGAUUUGGUGGAUGCUGAUUUGCCUGCACCUUGGAAUGCCAUUUCAUCAGCCAAAGAAGCAUUUAAGCAAAAUCGUAUAGGUAAAAUAUGUUGUUUUAGUCCAUGUGUUGAGCAAGUACAGAAAACAUGUGCAUUUUUAAAUGAGAAUGGAUUUGUUGAGAUAAAAAUGUUCGAAUGUCUUAUUCGUAAUCAUGAAGUAAGAACUAUACCAAUUUAUAAAGUUGAAGAUGCUGUCAACCACAUUAAAGCUCAAAAAGAGAAAAAACGUAAACGAAAACAACAUCAAGAUUGUCCAAAUUUAUAUGUUACCAAAAAUCCAAUAGAAACUAGAGGUCAUACCAGUUAUUUAACAUUUGCUACAUUUCUACCUAAUAUUCAAGCACAAGAGAGACCACAUGAAUUAAUGAAAUCAGAAAAAUGGUUAGAUGAUUUAGACAAGAUAGGAAAAAGAGAACGAGAUAGAUAUAGAAGACAAAUAGAUACUUUGACAUGUCUUAUAGUAGAUCUUUAUCUAAUUAAGAUAGUAGAAACAAAUUUUAAAGAGUAA